AGAUGGAUUACUAAGCUGUAUUUUUCCCCUUUUUCUUUCACCUCAUAUUUGGCCCCAAAUGCUGAUACUAUGUUGGAAUGCAUAAAGAAACCAUUCAAAUGUGCUGUCUGCUGCUGUUGCUGCUGCCAUGGCAACCAGGAGUGGCAGAAAACAAACUCAUAUGCUGGUCUUUCUUAAGGGGAGGGGGCAUGAACACAUUCUCCUGCAGGUGUAGCUUGCUGCAAACUUCAAUGAGUAUGUUAUCACAUCUGGCAUAUCAACCAGUUCUGCCCAGUGGGAACAAGUACCUUCAACAGAAAUGGGACCCGAUGUCGUAUGAUUUACACAGAAGAAAGUUGAAGACCAUGAAACCAACAGUAGACACAACAGCUCCAAAGACAUAUAAGCACCUGUCUUUGAGGCUGAAGAUACUAAAGUCUGGGUAUGGAGAAACGUCAGCGGGAGUUGGUGCGGAUCACUAAAGAGAACCAAGAGAUCCUGCUGCGUCUGGACCGGUGCAAGUCUCAGUAUGACGUCAGGAACUGGCACCAAGACUGGCUCAAAACUCUGACGGUGAUGGAUGCCAUCGCACGCUACCCAGGAGGAAGAAGAAGUCAGCAAAAGGAGAAGGCCAGCAAAAGGAGUGGCGACAAAAAACAGCAGUGGAUGAAGCCGCAGCACAACACCAUUACAGUGUCGACAAUGAAGUUGAAAGCUAAACAAAAAUGAAGAAAAAAUAAAUUAGGAUGAAAACAACAGCAAAAGAAGACAUAGGAGAGAACUGUGUAACGGUGCAACAGAAGACUUCACCAGGCCACGAGGGAACAGAUGACAGUCAAGUUUGAAGGAGGCAUUAAAUGUCUUAUUUGAGUGUUUUUAUAUAUAAUAAAGAGUACCAAUUUAGAUUAAGACCAUAUCCUUGAUAUUGCAUCUGCUGCUUUAAUUGCAAAGAUUUGGGAAUAAGGAAGAUAUUCUGACUUACAAUUGAUUUAUUCCACGUAAUAUUUGCAAGUACAGUUGAAAGUACAACCAUUUGUAACAGAAUCAGGCAAAAAAGUGCUCCA